CCACACAGCAGUUAUACGUAUUUAUCAAAAAGUUGAUAUGAGUCGAGAGUGUUGAUUCAGUUGAUUGUGUGAUAUUACUUGUAAUAAAUAGACGCAAGUACAAAAAGGGCAAUGUUUACCUGCAACAUGACAAUUAAACUGACUGGUGCACCUAUUUUCUUAAAUCUUGUACGUCAUGCCUCCUUUAUGAAACGAAAAAUUAGAUGGAGAAAUGCGCAGGGUAAAUUCGAAGGGGUAAAAUAUGAACAUGUUACAUAUUUUCCAAAACGUCCAGAUCAUGUUGAUCCACCAUUUGAGCCAAGCAAGCUGUUAUUAGUAAGACGGGUAAAGCCUUUUGCGGGUAAUCCAUGGUGGGAGAAAGAGAUGCUCGAAAAUUUAGGUUUUGAAGCUAAGAAACACGGAGAUAAUCCAGUGAUCGUAAAAAACACGCCACAGAUGUGUGCUAUGCUCUGGAGGGUGAAGCAUUUGGUAAAGAUCGUUCCCAUAAAGUUGCCCGACAAAUUGCCAACCGCGGACGAUUUAAAUGGCACAUAUUUACACGAGAAUGGCACAUUUUAUGUUGUACCAAAAGUAGAUCCUAUUCGUGAAGAAGCUGUGGAACAGUUCAUGAAUAGUGUAAAAAAGCUGAAUCGAGAUAUUAUACAAGAGAAACUGAGGCUUAAAUGGUUAGAGGGAAAUCUUAUGUAAUAGAUACUGAAAAAUAAAUAUUUGUU